UUUGUUUUAAAAGAUACUAAAGAUGGAGAAUUAUAAAAGAUAAAUAUUAAAUUUUAAGAAAAAAAUGCUAAACAAUAAAACGAAUUGUAAAAUCCUAUAAGUACAAUUUUUUUCUUAUUAUGAAAAAAAUAGCUAUAAAUAUUUCACAUAUAUUUUUAGGUUUAAGCUUCCACAUAUUAUUUUUACAAAACACAAUAGUAUUUACAUGAAAAAUAUGCGUGAGUAUUUUCUUUUAAUUUCUUGAUACAACUCAACUUCUUAUUAUCCCUAUUACAUCUUAUGAUGCUAGCAUAACUUUUAAUUUUGAUGUUAUUGUCGUACAUAAGUACGUGUUAAUAUGAUAAAUAUGUGUUUAUAUAUAUAAUACAAAAUAUAUAAAUAAUUAAACAGAAUUUUUUUAUUAAAAUUAAAAUAGUUGUACAAAAAUCUAAAAGAAAUAAACUAAUUAUUUUUUUAAUUACUGAAAUAAUUAUUAACCUCAAAUAUUUUACCUAAUAUGAUUGUGAUAUGUGUCAAUUAAAAAUUAGAUUGUUAAUGUGUCAAUGAAAACUUAUAUUAUGUGAAAAUAACUUCUUCUUUUCCUAAAAUCUUAAAUAAAUGUGAUUUCUAAAAAAAAAUCAUUUUCUAAUCUUAACAAAUUAAGAGUUUUUCCUUUAAAAAAAAAUCAUGACUAGAGAGAAUCGUAAAAUUUUAUUUAAUAGUAAUUUUUACUACAAAACUUUAAUGAUAUACAUGAUAGUAACAAUUAUUCAAUUAACAAGAAAAUUUGUAAAAAAUAUUAAUGAUAUUAAAAAAACAAAUUUUGAAAAUUGCAACUUUUAAAAAUAGUUAAUAUUAACUGGAAAAAGUUAUUUUAUAGAAAUUUAGUUUUUUUUUUAAAUCCUAGACAAAAUAUAAUUGUAAAAGACUAUGUAAUAUUAAUUUCCUUUUCUAAAAUUCUACAAAACUGUAGAAGAAUAUUUGACAGUUGCUUUCCUUUUAUAUUAAAAAAUCUUAAACAAAAGAAAUUUGUAUAAUAUUUCUAAGUCCUAACCAAAAGAAAAUUGUAAAAAUUUAUUUGAUAUUAUUUUUAAGAGAUUGUUUGAUGAUGAACAUGAUACUAAAAAUUAUUUAAUUAACAAAAGAAAUGUAAAGUUAGUAUUGAUACGGAUUGUAAAUAUAGCGAUUUUAAAAAUAUUUAUUAAUAACUAAAAAUAAUUAUUUGAUAGCAAUAUAUUUUUGUCUGAAAUUCUAAGGAGAACAUAAUUGUAAUAGGUUAUAUUACAGUAAAUGACCUUUUCUAAAAUCUUAAAUAAAAUUGUAAAAGAAUAUUUUAAUUGUAAAUAAAAAGGACAUUUAUAAAAUAGAAUGUUUUCCCUUUUUAAAAAACCUAGCAAAAUAAAAUUUUAAAGACUUAUUUAAUUAAACAUUAAAUUAGGACAUACGAACAUGUAUAAUAUUGUCAUUGAUUCGAUUGGAUUAUUUAACUUCCAUUUCUUUUUACUUUUCGUUUCUUAUUUCAGAUUGUGUUCAGUUUAAAUGUUUAUGUAUAGUAUUUUCUCUAAUCCUUAGUAUAAAGUUUAUAACAACAAAUUUAUGCACCAUGAUUAUAAAAUAUAAAUAUUAAAUUGAACUUAUAUAUGAAAACAAAUUUUAAGUAUAAAAUAAAUCUCAAAGAACAUAUGCCAAAAACAAUCAUAAUACUAUAAUAAAAUAAUUUAUUAUUUUAUGGUUUUUAUUAAAUUAAAACAUUCUGGGGUCAUAUCUUGUAGUUAAUAGUUAUUGGAUUGCAGUUGGUUUGUUGGUGAACUGAGGGUAAAACCGUAACUAUAGUAUCCAUUACACGGUUGACGUCGAGUAUAAAUAGCUUUGUGCUACCAAUUAAACUCCUUGAGAAACAUUACACCGAAGCAACUAACUAUACCAAUCAUUAAACUCGACGGCGAAAUGGAAAAAGAAACGGCGUCGCUUAGGUGGGAGGGUAAAAAAGUCGCCCAAGUCAACGGCGUCACGGCGGAGCAAAUCUGGUCAGUUGUUUCAGACUUCUGCAAUAUCCACAAGUGGUUACCAACCAUUGACACAUGUUACCGUGUCGAAGGAACCGAUGGUCAGCCCGGUCUGGUCCGAUACUGCACCUCCACCAAAACCAAGGACGAUGAGGAAACCAAAUGGGCUAGAGAGCGUUUGGUCAAGAUCGAUCCAGUCGAACGGUGUUUGAGCUAUGAGGUCCUCGAGAAUAACGUAGGGUUCAGAUCUUACGUGGCGACAGUCAAAGUAACGACGGUGGACGGUGGUGAUGAAUCGGACGGUGGAAAAGUUUGUCUACUAGAGUGGUCGUUUGCGUCUGAUCCUGUUGAUGGAUGGAAGAAGGAAGAUCUUGAAUCCUUUGUUGAUUUUUUUCUUAAACAUUGGGCGAGUAAAAUGGAAAUGAAUCUGUAAACCCUUGUGUAUGCUGUGAAAGCUCAUUGUAUUUCAUGCGUGUGGUUUUCAACUUAUCGUAAUAAAAAGUGAAUUAAAGAUACAUUUGACAUGGUGCGUUCUAUGGUUUUAUGGCAUUUCAUUUUUUCGGAUUGCUGAUUAGUAAUCUAAUUACAACUAAUUUGUUCGUUAUAGUCUGUUCCAUUUCAUUUUCGCUUGAUUACACGUUUAUUACAGCUGAUUUUCAAACAAUAAAGAUAUUCCACAUAUAUAUUCUAAAAGAAAACUAACCAUACAAAACUGUUCUCUCUAUAACUAUAAGUAUAUUGCUUUUGUUUUCUAAAGAAAGAAGUUUGUUGACAAAAAAGAAGAAGAUUUGUUACCUUUUUGUUCCAUACAAUAUAUAUUCUUAACUUCUUAUAUGUAUUUUUCUUAACUAGUAAUAAUGAGUUACUAUUUUUUUAAGCAAAUUUGUUAUUACUGAAAAAAUAAACUUAUUCAAUCACUAUUGAUUUUUAGUAUAAAUUAGUUACAAUUUAUAUUUAAUACUCCCUCUUUUUUUAAAAAAAUGUCAUUUUUUCUUGCUACACAAAAAUGCCAUUUUCGAAUUCCAAAACAACUUUCUGCUUAAUACUCCCUAUGUUUCAUUAUGAUGUUUUGGAAGAAAGCACAAAAAAUUCAGUUUUCUCUUAAAAACACUUUUAAAAGUAUAAACUAAAAGUAAUGUAACCAACUAUAAAUAAAGAUGUAUAAUCUAAUUGAUUAGUCAGUUUCAAUAAAGUUAAAGUUAUAGAAAUAAAAAUGUCAAAACAUCAU